AUGGAGGUGUUGUUGAAAGAUAUUCAAGAAGGCAAACAUAUAUUGCUAGUUGAGAAAGAGGGAUCGGAAAAUAAGAAAACUGUGGAAAAACUUUUACAGCAUUUGGAUCGCCCUUCGGAAUAUAUACAAUUGGAUGCAAACACAACGAUAGAGUCUUUGACUGAACAGCCAACUGACAAAAAUGGAACUGUCACAAGCGAGAAUUCACCAUUGGUGAAAGCAGUGAAAUAUGGCUAUGUGUUGGUUGUAGAAGAAGUAGCCGAAGCUCCAACUAAUGUGACAAGCAGUUUGAACAAUUUAAUGGAAAGUGGAGCAAUGUUACUGAGUGAUGGUAGAAGAAUAGUCCCCAAGGAAAUUAUGAAUAGUUCCGGAGGCAAAACAGCAAAUUUUAUUCCUGUGCAUGAAGAUUUCAGAAUGAUAGUUAUGGCUAGAGGAAAAGGAUUUCCGUCCUUGGAGAAAGUCUCCGCAGCUCCUUUAGCGUUAAAAAAUGGGGAGAUAGGCGUUACCGUCAAAGCAGUCGGCUCUAGCCCAGCGAUCACCACCGUUGUCAUGGGAGGUCCGGGCUCGGGGCCGCAUACUGCUACAGCAAUAGCCUCGGGUACAGCAGUCGCCACUGCAACAGCCUUGACCCAUGGUACAGGAACGUCGACUGCUACGGCACUUGCUUCCGGCUCAUCAAUUGCCACCGCCACAGCGCAUUCAUACGAUGCAGGAGACGCUACCGCCACAGUUAACACUUAUGACUCUGCAACUGCCGAUGCCAUAGCACACGCAUACGACACAGGGGUUGCCACUGCCACAGCGAACGCUUCCAGCUCGGCUGUCAUCAAAGCUGAGGCGAUCGCCAGGGGCAAGGAAGUCAUCACCAAAACACAAAAUGGGCCCUGA